CGACAGCAAAACAUUCCACGAGAUCGAGCCGUACACGAUCGAUCUCGAUCAGCGCCGAUCAGCGAGUUGCAAGAGGUGUGGUGCUUGUUUUCCAUCGCUCCUUUCUGUGCUUUUGAAAGAAUGGUUCAUAAAACAGAACCUGAAUUUCCUCCAGGAAUCUCUGAGAGGUAAGAUAUGGCGGUUCUGUUGAAAUCAUUGAAAUAUUGAACAAACUUGUCCGUAAAUUUAAGCCCUGAGCUGCAAGCGCUGCACGCGAUCGAUGCGUUUACUUUUUUGUCCGGGAGGUUUUAAGUAUCAUUUUAGGUAAAGAUAACCCUAUCUUUUCUUUUGCAGACUAUCAGAACUGGAGGAAGAAUACAGGGAUGGUGAUAUAACCGAGAAGGUGGGUCGAUCAUGUGCUCUCGGUCAUUUAUGCACAACUUGCUCGAAUGAGUGACUGAACAGCCUCUGUGAACGCACUAGUGAAAAAUCUUUGACAAACGGGAGAGCAAAAUUGCGGUCUCUAGAAGAUCCAAAGAUUGUGCGAUCAAAGGUCCAAAUGGCCUUUCUCAUUAAACUUUGUUUAUUGUGUCGUAUAAUCGUGAUCGCAAUGUGAUUCACUGUGUUUGUACAUAAAACUUUCCCAAAUCUUGCUCAUAAUGAGCGAUCAACAUCUUAAUCCUCCUUAACGGUCUGUAAAACGUGGUUCGUGACACCUUGAUGAACCAUUCAAUUCUCAUAACUGUUUAAUAUUAAAUAUUGCUGGUUUACAGACCAUUGAUUUGAAUAGUUACAGAGUGUAGACAGUUCUAUUUUUCCUCAAUCUGUAGUUUAAAUUGUUUGGACCCACAUUUGCCCCCAUUUUCUGGGGAAAAAGACACCAUGGCAGCUAAGUCUUUUGCGCCAGUCAUUUUACCUAUUCGCACAUAGUGCAAGCAGAAAUACUAACACAGUGUUAUCAAUUGAGUGAUCAGCCUGCAAAAUUUCUUCCACUGAUAUCGUAAAUUCCUCCAAUAGGAUUACUCUUACUGCAAUAUUGUGGUAGCUACUUUAGAUCACAUGACCUAACUACUGGUUGAGAACUUUACUACCCAUGAAAUUAUGGACAAAAUGGGAGGGUGAUAGAACGGUGAUGAUCACGUAUUCUUCAGUCAAACCUUCACUAAUAGCCACCUCUCUACAACGGCCAUUUUUUUUAGCAGACAGUCCGUAACAUUGACUCUUGUUUAAACCUCUCUAUGACAACAACCUCUCUACAAUGGCCACUUUCUUCUGUCUCCAAGGAGGUCAUUAUGGAGAGGUUUAACUUUAUUGGUCAAUUAGUGUCAGCCACGUAUUGGUCAAUAUAUCAGUCAAGUGUCGGUCAAUGCAUCAACCAAGUGCAAAUCACUCUAGAGGAGUGUACUAUAUGGCAGUCAAUACCCGUUAUAAGACACAAGAUCUGAAAUUUAAAGGGUGUAAAUCUUGUUUUAUCAAAAUGUUUGUCAGUCAUUUAUAUAAUUAUUUGCUACUGUGAUGUGACCAUGUCUUUUUGACAAAAUUUAAUAAUAUUAUCGAUCAACAUGCCUCUAACAGACAGACAACUGGCCGACAAAAUCAUCAGAUAUCUUCUGCUUUCCAAAUGCGUCCUCCCCAGUAUUACAGUAAAAAGACGUGUCCACUUUAGAUGACUUAUUCUCCCAACAAUAAUCUUUCAAAGUGAACCAUAUUUUGAUGUGGUAAAAGUAAAGAUUGCUUGCUAUCCCUUGACAGUGAUGCUUAAACUGCACACAUUAAAUAUCUUUCUCUCUUUCAUAAAUCCUCCUUAAAACAGGGCUAUGUGAGAAAAAAGUGCAAGUUGAUAAAAUCCAUUUUGGCAAAGACAGUGCAGGAAAGGUGAGUCGUAUUGAAAUAUUUAAAUCUAGUCAGUAGGAAACUUUAUGUGCCCAAGUUUUGCUGCUCUUUGUGAAAAGUUGUUUACCUCCGCUGCACAGUUACUUGGAAAUAGGUGGCAUGGUGCCUCAGAUAAGAAAAAAAUCGAUUGGCUUUUAAAUGGUAUUAUUUUCUGCUGCUGAUUUUCAAAUUAAAGUUAGGUUGUUUUCAGCUUGUCCAGUCCUUUAUUUCGCUAUCAAAUUGCUUCUGUUAGUUGCUGUGUGUUUUUUAUUUUUAUCGUUGUUUUUUUCUUUUUAUUCUUUUGCUUUUUUAUGUGCGAGUGUGUGUUUGAUCAUGAUGUUCAUUUGUAUCUUUAAAAUAUUCAAUGUAAACAGCGUAAGCUCUCAAGAUGAGCCCUUUAGGCUCUUAGAGCAAAUGGUGUAUUCAGUAAAUAUUGUUUAUAAAAAACAACAACAACAACAACAAUAACUCUAUUCCUCUUGACUCUGAAGUCAAACUAUUGCAAAGUUUGUGGAAACAUCAGUCACUGCAUGCCAACAAAAGGAUUCAGGACUACCCUCCCCAGACAAUCAUAUUCCACCUUACUUAUGAAAUGACUCCACAGUUCAAACAGUUCACUCCAAUAACAGUUAAACUUGGGCAAAGGAUUUUAUGCCUAGGGCUUGCUUUUUUUGUACUGAGAAGUGUAUUGCAUUGAAUUUUUUUAAAUGUUUUACUUUCCUUUUUCAUUAAUUCUAGAAUUGAAAAGAUAGAGGGUGAUUUCAAAGAUGGAAAAUCAACUGAAGUAAGUUGUUAACCUUAAAUCAUGAGUGCAGGGUAUAAAGUACCGUUCACAUUCCUCAGGUCAAGAGUAGAAGUCACUGCUUCAUCGAUAAAUUAUUAAGCCAUAUAGUUUCCUCUUGAUCGAUCUAAAAAAUGGUAUUGUAAAGAAAUUAGGGCAAGACACCGUGGGUGAUAAAUUACUAAGCCAUACAGUUUCCUCUCAUUAUCUAAAAAUUAAUAAUGAUUUUGUAUGAGAGGUUCGGGCAAGGAGACACCUUGGGUUCUUUUUUUUUAUCUGUAGCAUCCAUGCUGACCUGUACUCUGACUUGUGGAAAGUGACCUGUAUUUUUAACCCACCAUAGUCUCACAAUCAUGAGACUAUGAUGGAAAGUUGCCCUAAAUAGCACGGACAAUAUACAUUCAGUUUUAUAUUAAAGCAUUAAGGGUUUUAGUAACCUGAACUAACCAUAUUAUAGCUUGGGGAAAAUCCAUUGCCCCUCCUCUCUUGUAGCAAAGAAUGUGACAAUUCCAAACUUUUUUUGCCACAGGAGCAACUGAUAAAAGAUCUUAAGGAACUGCUGUCUGAGAUUGGUCACAAGGCUACCAAUGGCUGUGAUGUUAAACCAAGGUUUCCUGUGCAUAAUGAUGAUAUUGAGAAUGGUACAGCUGUGGCAGUAAAUGAAGAACCUAUGGAGACAGGGUGUGAGGAAUCUGAGGUUGAACAGGGGAAUGUUGGCAUCAACAGUGGUAAUGUAAGGUCAGGAUCAAGUCGCCAUGAAACCAUGGACUCAGACAGUUCAAUUGUUGAGAGCAGUGCUGGUGAACCAUCAUCUGCUGCCCAUCCUAUUCAAGAUGAUGUCCAAGCAUCAUCUUCAAAGUCUACCACUGAAGGUAAAAUACGUUGCUUCUGAAUUACCCCACUUCAUUGCCUUCUUUUUACUUUCCUGUUUUAUAUGUGGUUUCUAGAAUCAACUUUGCUGACAAAAGAAGAAUCUCCUACGGCUACUUGUAAGGUAUGUGUAUGUGACUAUCGGGGAGAUACAAAUAGGUCGCAAGUCAGGUUGGAGUACAGGUCACUGUGCUACAGUAAAUAAACAACACUACAAGUGUCUACUAGCCCUAAUCACAAUCCGAAAUAGAGUAUUUUAGCUUAAUAUCUCUUAAUAUCUCUGCAUAAUGGAAUUCUUAAUUUUAUAGAAUUUCGAACUUUUAUUAUUGAUUAUAUCUAUUUCCUCUUCUUUUAUGUAAGGUUAAGUUACUUCUAUUUUUUAGAAUUUGUAAAUGAAUAGUUUUUUUCUUUCUUCACUUAUUACGUAUAGGAUUGUUUUUGAUCUCUAAUGAAGGAAUUGUAGAUUUUUAUUUUUAGCUUAAGGGUAAACUGCCUAUCUAAUAGUUAACCUGCACUUGUGACCUGUGACCUGUGUUUUGUCCCCGCAAUGGGACCAUAACAUUGGAACACAUACUCAAGAGAUUUUGAAUCAAAAUGUGUAUUAAUAUGUUACAUUUAUGUAUAAUUAAAGUGAUGAGUUGUUAUAAUUUUCUGUUAUUUCUGGCACAAGUUGUGGUCUGAUUACAAACUGCCUUAAAUACAGUGCAGAUCAGAACUAUAGCUGUAAGCAAAACAAAAUUUGUAUGCAUGUGUAUAAUUUAAUUAUACACAUGCGUACAUAUGUCAGGCCAGAUGUGUACCUGAAUCUGAGCUGACGCACAUACGCAUUCUCUCCAAAAUGCCUCAGAGCACAUUUAACUCAUUAGUAUGUAUGAGCUAUUUCUUUUCGUAGGGGUGUAAUGUGUCAGUGAAAAGCUGACAAGCAUCAAACUGGCACAUGCCAAAAUUUUGCAUGUCACAUACAAUAUUAUUGCAAUGCAAACCGUAAAACUAUUGUUUGCCAUUGGAACUCUUCUUGGAAGUAUUCUAACAAAUACACUUAUAAGUUUUGACACUUAACGCACAUACAUUUAAAUAAUACUGGAGACAAACUUUUGAUUUUUUUACUACUCGUGCGUUACAUGGCGACAAACACAUAGUAAAUUGAGUGUCACCAAUGAAUUCCCUCAUGUAUCAUAAGGUUUUAAAAAACUGCACAGGUUUUAAAUCUGCCAGUAGCUAUAAGAAUUGUGAUCAGUAGAAGUUUCUUGUUACUUUGUCAAAAUCAAAAGCUUGCUGUUGUCUUGCUUUAACUGGCAAGGUAGGAUGCUGUGAGCUUUUCUGUUGUAUCCACAGGCUUCUCAGAGUGCAUCAACACCAGAGCAAAAAAUGAUCUGUGGGCACAUGGGUUAUAUUUCUAAAACUGUGCACUUGUACAAGCAAUAUUUUUGAGUUAAUUUUUUAUUGUUAUUUUUUAUUAUUAAUUUAGAAUAAACCUAGAUCAACAAAAGAGUGCAAAAGGCAACCUGGAAUCAAAGAGAUGUUUGCGAAAGGGUGAGGGUACUCUACAAACUUACUAAGUAUUAGACUGCUGCUAAAACAAUAAAUUAUAAAAAAGGACGUGAGGACUAAAGGACUGAAUCUUCAAAGGAGUCACUUCCCUUGAUGUUCCCAGAAUCAAUUCUACCUUAGCUGGUUAAAAAAAACCCUGACUUCAGAUAACAAAAUGUGUGAAAACUAUGACGUAAGAUCCCCACUGAAAAAAAAAACUCGCUACCCUGCUAAAAAUUUGAUUAAGAGAUAAUAGUGCCUAAAAUCCCAGAUGAGUGCUAUGGUCAUCCUGCCUAAGAUCCUGGGUGAGUAAUUUAAUCAUUGUCCCUCCCAAGAUCCCGGGUGAGUAGUGUUGUUACCCUGCCUAAGAUUCCGGGUGAGUAAUAUGGUUGUCCCACCUAAGAUCUCAGUUAAGUACAUGUAGUAUGGUUAUCCCGCAUAAGAUCCAGGGUGAGUAGUAUGGGUAUCCUGCCUAAGAUCCUCGGUGAGUAGUAUGGUUAUCCCACCUAAGAUCCUAGGUGAGUAGUUUGGUUAUUCCGCCUAAGAUCCCAGGUGAGUAGUACAUAUAUGUUUAUCCUGCCUAAGAUGUCAGGUGAAUAGCAUGUUUAUCCCGCCUAAGAUGUCAAGUGAAUAGUAUGGUUAUCCCGCCUAAGAUCCUGGUUGAAUAGCUCAGUUAUCCCACCUAAAAUUCUUUGAGAGUAGUAUGGUUAUCCUGCCUUAGAUUUUGGUGAGUAGUAUGUCUAUAUAUACCCCCAAGAUACUGAGUUGUAUGGUUUUCCCUCCUAAGAUUCCGGGUGAGGAGAGUGGUCAUCUCGCCUAAGAUCCAGGGUUAGUAAGUAGAAAGCACAAAGUGUAUUUUGUAAAUCUUAAAUUGAAAUUGCAUAAAACCUGAAAUAAAUUUGCAGCUCGUUAAAAAGAAAGCAGACGGAUGAUGGAAACAUAUGUAGCAGUAGCAGUGAGGGGGAGUCAUCAUCGUACAACUGCGAUAAUGCUGAAACUGGAAAAGUACGUAGUAAUAUUCUCUCUCUCCCAGUACUCAACCAGAUACUAUCCAAGAGCAAGUAUUCAGGAUGAUACAUUUAUAUUAGUUAUCAAGAAGAAAAUAAGGUAGUCAGUGGAUGAGUCAGAAUACAUCUUUGUCUCACUAAGGUUAUCUUGAACAUUGUUGAUCCUAGCAAUUUGCAGGAUGCUCAUAUAAUUCCAGUAUAUAUACUCGAGAUGGCUUUGCUUGCCAUUUGUUUUUCUAUUAAGCACAGUUGAGAGAGGGUCUGACCACUAGCUUUGGAUUCUUGGAUUGGAUGCUGUUGGACUCUUCAGUUUUCUUUGCCCCAUCCCAGUGCCAUGAUACACAUUAUGUAAUCCUAAGAAAGUAAUCAGAGGAGGACUCGCAAAAAGUUAUGAAAUUUGAAACCCUGAUAAAUUCUGACACAUACAGUACAUGUAUAAAGAUUUUGUGCAUUAACGUUAAAGUAUUUCAAAAUGGAAAGGAAAUGUAGGGAGGAUAAUUGCUGGACUCAACAAAAACCAUGGUUUUUACUGUUCCUACUUUAUGCUAGGAUAGGUUUUGAAACUAUGACCUGCUUGUUCAUUGUUGUGUGUGUAUUCCCUUGGUCUAUGUUUGGGCUGCAGCUAGUAGCUGUUAGCCUUAUUAAGUAAUAAAAAGUAAGAUGUUUUUCAAUACACAGGAUGUAAAACGUCAACGACUGUUGGAUGAUAAUGACGAUGAGAAGAAGACAGUGGGGGAUACAGGAAAUGAGAGGUGAAUUUCAACUUGUCACCCUCCACCUCCUGUUGUUCUUAUUUUGACAUAAAAGCCACACUACUCAAAGCCUUUGUCAGUUCUUGGAUUAUAGUAUUUCUUUCUCACAAUAUUCCUUCUUCAAAAUUUCCUGGAUCCUCAUGUUUCUAAGAACUUUAUUCUGAUGAUUAGUUAUUUUUACAAAAAAAUUUUUACCUUCAGGUAGCAAUGGCUAGUUGAGGCUUCAAUAUGAAGCAUAUUCAAGGGUUAAUUUUACCUGUAAUCAACAUGCAUUGUUGUUUUAUACCAAUUUACAUGGUGUACAUCUGGUAUCUUCUAUUGCUAUUUUGAAGACUUGCUUGUCAGUUGAAAGAGCUACUGGAUAUUCUUUUGUUGUAGGUAUAGCUUAAGAGAAUCGUCUGAGACAACAAAACCUGGGGAGAAGAAAAUACAGGUACUAAAGCAGAAAGUUAUUUCUUGCUUACCUUUAUACUUGUGUUAUUGACAAUUAUUUACUUUUUUAGCCUGGUAGACUGUGCGAACAGUUUUAUCAACUGUAGCCAUGAUCUAACAAAGAUUAAUUAUUACUAUGAGCAAUCAGGGGGAUAUAAUAAUCAUAAUUAUUUGCUUUGAACCCAGUAUAAUUUCAGGCACUGAUGGACACUAUUUCAUGUAAUAUGAAAUUUACCCGAUAUAUUCAAGACCUGCAUCACUGGUACAUGAAGCCGCAAGAUAGGCCGUUGAUAAAACCUAGAUUGGACGGGAUCAGGUCAAACCCUGUAUUUCACUAAAUGAAGAAAGGUUAGGAAUAGUGGUUUUAGGGGCUGAUCCCAUUUGGUCCAAUCUAGGUUUUGUCAACGGCCUAUGUCUUGCAGCUGUAUGUAUAGGUGAUACUGGUCUUCAAUAUAAUGAAUAAUUUUCAUAUUACAUGGAAUUUUGUACAAUGUCACUCACUUCAUCUUUUACAGCCUCCUGCCAAGUGUAAGGAAUGUAAGCAGCUGUUAACCAGUCCUGACCUAAGGCUCUUCCCUGGUGACAGUGAUGAUGCUGUAAGUUUAAAAACAUUAUUUUGGAGGUCCACAGUAAAAAAAUAGUUAAUUAUUUAGCUAAAAUACUUUUACAUUUUGCUGAAAAUCCCUGCAACACCUGCAUUCAUGACUGAUCUUACAACUGGACACAUUAUUCUUUUUUUAGUUUGCUCUUAAAAUACAUUUACUUACAGUCCUUGUAGAGUAUUUCUUUCCUACUGAUGGUUCACCCUUUCAGAACUGCCCACCUUGGUUACCUAGCUGUUCUUAUACUAAAAAGAGAACGUGGCUUCUUAUUUACACAAAUUUGUUCUGCAUCACUCUUUUAAAAUGAAGACAAAAGCUGAUGUCAUCUAGUUGGUAUUUCACUUAUACUAGGAAGAAUCCACUUUUAAAUGACUGUUACAGACGUAUAUCACUAGAUUUUGGACACAUUGAUCAGUGUCAAGUGAAAAGAUAUCUUCCAAUGCUAUUUUACUAACUUUCAAAAGAGAAUUUAGGGUUUCCUUUUUCUUAGAGGUGCUGGGAAUUUAACUUUUGGUUGAAAAAGAAAAGUAAAUUUAAUAGAUGAAAUUAAUUAAAAUACUUAUUUCUACCCUGUAACAUUUAGUAGGCAUUUCCAUAAUGUACUGUAUUAUGGCACUCUAAAUUUUUAUAAAAUGCUUUGUCAAUUAGGUGGAGGAGUUUGUAGCCCUUACAGAUCCACGUUUGUCACUCUUCUCUGGUGAUGAGGAACAGUUUGAUAGCUAUAAUGACAGACCACAACACAAAAUUACAAAUUUCAGGUAUUGUGGAUUAUUUGGAAUAAACCUAGAUUGAACUUGAUUAUGAAUCAAAUUAUAAGUUAGCCAAAUAUUCUUUCACCUUGAUGAUCUCUGCCCUGACACAUGUCUGACGUUGUUAGUCACUGUGCUUGAUUACAUAUCAAAACAUAGGCUAGCAUGCAGGUAGAGCCCCCUUUCAAGAAAAGAUGGUCAUUGAAUGCACCUACCUUGUAAGUAACAAGAUCUGGCCAGUCUCAAAUUGUGCCUUAACUAUUUUAUUUAGCAUCUAUGACAAGAACACCCACCUGUGUCCAUUUGACUCUGGUUUGAUUGAGAAGAAUAUUGAACUGUUCUUCAGUGGUUACCUUAAACCAAUCUAUGAUGAGAAUCCAAGUCCUGAAGGUAUGUCAAAUACUUAAGUCUAAUUUGUUUAAAUCCUUAAGUGUCCGUUAGAUCUCUUUGAAACUUCAUAUUUAAUACACAACUUUACAGUGUGUGGGUGUACCUCUAACUGGUCAAGGCUGCAAUGUCCUCUUGGCUUAAUAAUGUCAAGGCACAAAGUGUGCUUGCUUUAGAUCCGAAGUGAAAAUGUUCUGUGUCUCAUAGUAAACACAUGACAAGCAAUGCAGGGGAAUUCUAUUAUAUGAUAAGGUGAAACAAAAGUUUAGCCACUGGCAAGUGGAGAAUCCAUUGUCCUCUUAUGAAAGAAAAUAAAGCAAUAAUAAGUUGGAUGGUUUGACCCAAAAUGUCCCCUGAACCCCCAGAUGGCAUCAUGACCAGUUUAACUAUCUGGGCAAAACAGUUAAAGGCAGUUAAUUUUUAGUUUGAAGAGCUGCUGUUGGCAGGUUCAGGUUAGUACUGCAGAUACAAAGUAAAAAGCAUUCAUGGCUGGAAAUCAAUUUUGCCACCAUGUGGUAAUGUCAUUUGGACUGGGUAAUACACCAACAACCUUUGAACUACUCAUGAACAGUGCUUUAGGGCCUUUUUUGUAAAAUAACAUCAUCGGCCACCCUGAAAUGUUUGAUGCAGUGGUUGAACGUUUCAUGACAGAUGUUGUCCAUUUGUGUCAGGUGGUGUGCCAACAAAGUCUAUUGGACCUAUAAAUGAAUGGUGGGUGGCAGGAUUUGAUGGUGGAGAGAAUUCUCUUAUUGGUUUUACCACAGGUAACCAAAAUAUAUCUGUAUGUUAUCUUAAGUUGUCCAAUUUUAAAAGUACAGAAGAAGCAAAAAAUGAUUCUUGUGUAGACAUGGUCUCAAAUAUGUGCGGUGAAACAUGUUGUUUCUUUAAGUAAGGUUGCUGGUCCAAUUUUAGUUUUAUUAACAUUUCAUAUUAUUGGAUCUAUGAUUAUGCAUAUUAUAAACAGUAGUAGUUUUACUAGUGUUUAUAGUUUAUAGUAUGUUUUGAUAAAGGACUAGGAGAUCUAUACUGUAAGUUGUUAGACUACUUUUUUCUGUUGGAUGUAUGACCCAUUUGCUAGGUUCUGCCAGGCCUAUAGAUACAAAAACAAAGUUAGUGAGAUAUAUGUAAUAAUUAUUACAUAUGGAUGUUUGAAUCAGGUAUAAAAAGUAAGUGGGGCUUUAUUGCCUUAAAAGACCUGUCACUCUGCUCAUGCUGACAGAAGCAUGUGCUUAAGAUAUUUAGAAGAGUUGAAUGCAAUGACAGCUAGACUUACAGGAACAUUUAGCUUUUUUGAGGCUUUCUCCAUCCAUAGUGUGAUGUGGACUCCUACCCAUUGAACCAUUUCCUGUGGUCUUUUAGAAGCAUUAUCACACUGCCUACUGCCUCAACAGUGUCAUCACAGGAGCAUUUUAAUAGUGUCUUUUUCCUCUUUCCAUCACAAGGCUGGCAUUCGUUACAUGUCAGUGUUCAUCUGUUGUCAGUGGAGUAAGCAACAUACCCUACAUAUUUUCAUUUCAUGGGUGUAAUAUGACUGCCAAGUCUCCAGUAAGAACUAAAAAAUAUCUUAUUAUUUGAUGGCAGCUUUUGCGGAGUAUAUACUGAUGCAGGCAUCAGAGGAGUACAUGCCAUUUAUGAACCUCAUGAGAGAAAAAAUUGCUAUGAGUAAGGUACCAUAAAAAUAAAUAAUCUCCUCAAUUUGUUCGCCAUUCUUGUAACACAUACUCGUAAGUGUAAAUAAAAGAAUUUAACAGUACGGUUUCUUUUUUUCAGAUUGUCAUUGAAUUUAUUCAGAAUAAUCCAGAGGCAAGAUAUGAGGAAUUACUGAAUAAAGUUGAGGUAAUUCACUUUAAAUAAUGACGUGAAUGAAUAGAAAAAUGAAAGUUUGUACAAUACCAAUUAUGGUCAGAUGUGUUGACUAUGGAGCUCCCAAUCAGUGAACAUUUAUUGCUUUUAAAAGUCUUAAGUCAGGAUGCUGUUGACUGCAAAGCACUGUUCAGGGUCAUAGAUCUCUGAUUUAUGACACUAGAAAGAAAUGGCACUUUCAUGUGUUUAAAUUUAAAACCCUUUUGGGAACACCUUUUCCUGGGUCCAUGAUUACUGUCACCAAUAGUGACCAACAACAAUUUUCUCCUAACAAUAUCCAUACAAUGUCAAGAGAUUAGGUUGUGAGAAUUAAAAAAUGAUCACCUAAGGGAAAAUUCUGUGAUCUUUUAUCAAAUUCUCUCAACUAAUUGUUAAAGGAGAUGUAUGGAGAUCAGUUUGGAGAAUUUGUAUAUGGAUAUUGGAGCUCAAAGGGUUAAUGCAUGAUAUUGUGGACUUUUAAGCUGGCUCAAGGCAUUGUCUGCAGAUGGAUCCACAUUGUCUCAAGCCAGGUUUAUAAUCAGGGUUCUUACGGGUCAUGGCACUCAACUUUCGUAGCUCAACUUGUGUUAAAAUGUAGAGCCACACCUGCUGAUUUUGUGAUCAGUCUUCACUCAAUACAUGGUGAGGCUAAAAUGAACACUCCCUCUAACUUGCCGUAUGAAAAAUAUUCAAUUAAAUUUUUGUCAUUCCUUUUUUACUGCAGACAUCAGUGCCACCAGUAAACUGUCUCACUUUCACAGAAGACACCCUGUUACGACAUGCACAGUUCCUUGUUGAACAGGUAAAGUUCUCUUUUGUCUGUUUAUUCCACCAGUCAACAACUAUUUCAUAGUUUAAUUGUAAUUAAAAUAGACUUUUAGCACAGACAAUGAAGAAUAACUCUAUGACUGGUGUGGUUAUAAUUAAAUUUUGACUCUGCUCACCACAGAGCCUGCAGUAGCGCAGUGUUUAGCAUUCAAACUAGAACUCAAGGGAUCAUGAAUUUGAUUCUUGCCUGGAGCGCGGAAUUUUUUUUUUUGAGCUUUCUGGUGUUAUUGACCUUCUUCCAAAUUAUAGAAUGACAAAUAAUAAUGGAAGAUGAGUGGUGGUGUUGGUGUGUGUAUUUAUCAAACGUUUGUCUGGAAAUAAUUUCCUUAAAUCCUCAUUUCGUAGGUGGAAAGCUAUGAUCAGGCUGCUGAUGAUGAUGAGCUGCCUUUGCUGGUGUCUGCUUGUAUGAGAGAUCUCAUCAAGCUUGCUGGUGUAACGCUUGGAAAAAGGUUUUGUUGCUGUCUUGUUCUUUACAAAUGCAUUGCUAACAUUUUUAUCACAAUGUACAUAAUUAAUCAGUGAUUUUGUUACAACAUUUAAUGUUGUUAUGAUGAGGCCUGGAACUUAUCCUGUGAAAAAUUGUGAGUCCCAGUCCAAAACCAUUGAGUUCCCAUUCAAAAAUCAAUAAGUCCUAAAUUGAAAAUGCUUGGGCCUCUAUCUAACCAGACAGCUAAUCUGCAGACAGACUCCAAAACUCUGUAUUACAGUUUUCUGAAAUAAAUCACAUAUUCCUUCUAUUGUAAAGAUGUGUUGUUAAACAAUAGCCACAAGCAACAGCCACAUACAUUACAUGAACAGGAUAUUCUACUAAAACAUAUUUAGAUCUAUUCAUCAAUCUUUGUGUCUUUGGGGUAUCUUAUGCUUUAAAUUGUCUUGUCUGAUGAAAAAUGUUGAUGAAAAGCCCAUACUCUGUCUCGUCAUACAAGGUUGUAGAAACGUAUUUGGGGGAGAGGUCUCCAAGGGUUAGUUAAGACCGAAUCAAAGCCAAAAAAUGAGGAACUAUCCUUAUCUUACCAGGAGAGUAGAGAUUGUGAUUGAUUUGGAGAGCACUUGCCUCUCACCAUUAUCAUCCACAUGAAAAUCCCAGACUUUAUUUGAGUGUCCAGUUUGCUGGUUUACAGCCUGCCACAAAGGCUUUUUGGUGGGUUCUUUUUAUUCACAAACUUUUAUCCCCAAUGUUACUCAGUUUGCAUUCACUUUAGCAUCCAUCGUCAUUCAAGUAAUUUGAUGCUACGUAUGUUCCUCGUUGCAAGUACUUGCCUGGUUAACAGUGUUAACACUCAACCCUGCAUUGCAUAUGUUUUUUUUUUCAGGCGUGCAGCAAGAGGUGUUAAAGUAAAGCUUGAUAAGAAAAAGACAGGCCCCUCAAAAGUAUGUUAAGUUGUGUUUUCUCCUGUAUUAUCCAAAAGGGCAUUUUAUGUACAAGUAUCUGGGGUGUGAAAAUCAACUCUUUCAUAACUAUGACAUCAGCAAGUACAAGCCUUAAAUCCCAAUGUCCUUGAAACACAUUGUGUACUAAAUGUUACAUCUUGGAUACAUUUGAUAACAAUCUUGUUUAAUUUUAUUCAGGCCACAACUACUCCCCUAGUGCGGCACAUAUUUGACAUUUUCUUCAAGGAUCAAAUUGAUGGUAAAGAAGCAACUGCACCCCGCAGGAAACGGUGUGGAGUGUGUGAAGUGUGCCAGCAAGCAGACUGUGGUGAUUGUAAAUCUUGUAAAGAUAUGGUCAAAUUUGGUGGAACUGGCAGGAAGAAACAAUGCUGUGAAAAAAGAAAGUAUGUCUUGAACAGCCACUUCUGUAUAAACACAAUAAUAUUAAACCAUCUCUUUUGAAUAUUCAUCUCCCAUCAGUAAAUGCAACUCUCAAUUAUUGUAGUUCAAAGUUUCUUUCUGUGGGUUAAGUCUUGUAGUGUGACCAUUCAAGUGAAACAUUUAGGCAGCGUAUUUAGUUACAUGCCUCUGUUGCUGUUUUUUAGUACUUUGCAAAAAAAGGCGGUUUUCUUGAAUUUAGUUUUAAGGUAGCCUUGAAAGUGAGAGAGUGCAAAAAUGCUAGAACAGUGGUACCACUUGCUGAAGUUUCAGUAACAGUUUUGGGUUUAGGUAUUUCAGGGGGGUAACCUUAAUCAAAACUGAAGGUGAGAGAGUGCAAAAACACUAGAACAGUGGUACCACUUGCUGAAGUUUCAGUAACAGUUUUGGCUUUAGGUAUUUCAGGGGGGUAACCUUAAGCAAAACCUCUUACCAGGAGUUGCUUGGAGACAGUACUUUGUCUGGCAAAUACAGUCAAACUCCAUUAAUAGAGACACUGAGGGGGCCAUCGAAAGUGUCUGUAUAUAUGUGGUGUCUGAAGUGGGUCAGUUGAAUUUAAAGAAAAUGUAAGAGCUCUCUUUCCGCAGGGACAAAGAAGACUGUCUUUAAUAAUGAGGUGUCCGUAUUAAGCGGGUGUCCGUAAAGCUUCAUCUGUACCUUUCCAGUAUGUGUGAUGUUGUCAUGAGAAUUGUUCCCACUGGCCAAGCUCUCCAGUUCAUACAAACACAAUAAGCCUCCCACCCUAACAAGGUGGCAGCAAAAAAGUACCGGUAUCAGGAAUUAAAAUAAUAUUACAUACUUUCAGGCUUGAAAGGACAACAUUGUGGAUGGAGGUGCACUAUUCCCAGAACUUGAUUAACACACCUUAUUAUUGAUUUCCAAUGUUGGAACAUAUUUGUGUUGAUGUAAAAACUAAAUUCCUUCGCUUUUCAGGUGUCCUUACAUGGCUGUGCAAGAAGCAGAUGAAGAUGAAGACGUUGCUGAAGAAAUUGAGAAUGUUGUAUGUACAUUGCAUGUUGUUUUUACCAUUUGUGUUCCCUGAGGGUGAGUGUAAUACAUGUUGACUGUAUAUCCAUGUUUGUGGGCCACAUUGGGUCAUACGGUACCCCUAUUAAUUUUUUUUUCAUUUUACUAUAUUUUUAUUAGAGUCCCAACAAAGAGAAAACAAAGAAGAACACGCAAACUCACAAAACAGCAAAAUCACAGAAAGGAACUAACGUGAGUUGGAAAAUAUUUAUCUUGUACCAAUAUGCGUGAUUAUGUUGGCCGUAGUCUUCCUAUUAAAUAUACAAAUCGACAACAAUUUUCCAUGGUCUGUUUAACAAAUAAAUUCCGUGUUGCCGAUCACAGAUUACGUCAAGUGGGAAAAACAAACCUGGCGUGGUAAACGAGCCGCAGGCGAGUAUGCCACAGAUGUUCUUACCACAUACCGUAAAUGAUCGAUUAAGCGCCGCGGCGCUUAUUUCAUUUUCCCUGUUAUAGGUGCGGUGCUUAUCCGACAGCGGCGCCUAUUUCAGUUAUGGGUAAAACACUGAGGGGAAUAUUGACUCAGAGGCCAUUCGGGCUCGAAGAAUAAUUGUUAAAUAUCUAGCGCAGUAACAAAGGUGUGGCGCUUAUUUGUAAAUACCCAAAUAAGCGCUGCGGUGCUUAUUCGAGAGCGGCGCUUAUUCGAGUAGCGGCAUUUGAUCGAUCUUUUACAGUAUUGACGUUUUCUUUGAUUUAUUACUAAACACUGAGAUGCACAUGCACGGCAAUGUUGAAUCUAUUCGUUUUAUGCAACGAACAGAAAAGAGGAAACGACAUACUUGCCUUGUACCGUUUGACUGCUCAAGGAUUUGUGCCAGUUUAGACAUUUUUAAGUCGUCUCUGCUUCUUUUUUUCUUCUUUAUCUUGUGUACAGUUUCUCCGAAAAAGUUUUCAACGCCUUCCCUUGCUAAAAGCAGAAUAAUCGCGAAAACAUUUUCAAAACUGCGAGUUUCUCGUAGCGAUAAGACUCGAUGGCAACUGUUGUGAGGAUUUCUUUCAGUUUACACAUUUUCAAGUGGUCAAGAACUCUCUUUUUCUCUGUUUCUACGCUUUUCUUUCUGGUAAAAAGCUCCUGCUAAACUGUUUUCGUGGCUUUACUUGCGUAAUCCGGAAAAAUCUUGCAAACAUUUUCAAAACCGCGCGCCAUGUUGAACCCCAAAAAGAAAACAGUGACGUUUUCCGUGACGUCAUCGAUGUGUUUAUGGGCAACGACCAAUCACAGCGCGCAUAGCAUUGACCGCAUUGUAUUGUACAACUAUCCCCCGAGGGGGAGGUGAAUAGUACACAGCUAUCCCCCGAACGGGAGGGGAAUAGUGGUGGAUAUAUACCGAGGUAUAUAUCUAGCGCUGGUCACUGACCCUGAGGUAUUUACCAAAUCAGUUGGAUAAAACUGAAAAAAGUAACUUUUUGUAAAUUACAAGCGUAACUAAGUAGGAACUUUGUUUACAAUUUACAAACAUUUCGGGGAUUUUGUCAAGUGCAUUUUACGGUUAUGUUGAACAUAACCCUCGACCAAUCAGCGCGUGAGAAAUCGCUCAGUUAUUAUAAAAUGACCUCUUGGUGGUUUUCACGUUACGUCAUCGCCGCCAUGCUGGUGGACGGUAAACAAAAGAUUGCUCAUUAGCUCAUUUUGUUUGUCCACAAGCAUUUGUUCAUUUCACCAUUGUUAUUUGUGUCUUCCGAGAUUGCGUGAAAACCACCUAUAGAAAAUUAAUUUUAGUUAAAUUAACUUGACACAUCCAAAAAUCAGUGAGUAGUGGCACAGGGACAGAAACAAAUAGUGCUAUGCAAGAGUAGCACCUAACGUUGAACUUGGAACUCCUCCCCCUCCUCCUUCUUCUUCUUAACCUCUGAUGAGCUGAGUGCAGUGAUAUGAAAGGUGAACUAGUCCAACAGAAAGGAAGAAAACUAACCACGUAUGUUUGUGUUUAUUUGUAGAAAAAGGUUGAAUGGAUAGGAGAUCCGAUCAAAGUCAGUGGAAAGACAAAAUAUUAUUCCUCCGUUUUAAUCAACAAGGAAGAGGUAUGCUACCUGCAUGUCUUUUUCGUUUCUUUAUAAGUCCUUGAGAAAUCUGACGUAGAAUACGAGAGACCCAAAGCUGUAAUAAGGCAUUAGAGCACAACAGAUGCCUGACCACCUUGACCUAAUAAACGCCCCGGGCGUCGUCUUGAUUUUAGAGGUCCAAGCUGGGGCGUUUAAUAGAUGAUAACUGUAACAAGCUCAACAAAACUAGUAUGCUUUCGACGAAAAUAUUAAGAGAUUUUAAAAAUAGCGGAAUAUCCGCUCCAUCAAUUGAUACGUCUAUGCCGUCUAGAGAUCCAGAUUCUUCUUUUAAAUCCAACAUCGAUGCAAGAAUCCUCUCUCAGGGUUAUUGUGUUUCCAUCGUUAGUCUAUCCUUACUCUGAACUUGACAUGGAACAAGGUGAAAAGCAAGAAACAGAUUGAAUUGAAUGUUUUUGCUCCUCUUUGCUAAUGCCUAGUAUUUUGGAGUAAUUGUCAUGGGGGCGUCUAUUAGACAGGGGGCGUUUAUUAGAGAGGGGCGUCUAACACAAUUUUAACAGCGUAGAGGGGGGUGUUUAUUGGAUAAGAGAAGUUUAUUUGGGAAUGGGCGUCUAUUAGGUCAUUUACAGUAUGUGAUAACAAACCAGUUUACUUAGCGAGGUGGCAUUCUUACUAGAACACCGUUACUACUAAGCUAUUAUCGGUAGGGCAACCACAGGAACCCAGCAAGCGUUAAAAAGCAAUUUGCGUGGAGUUUAUGUAGCAUUAUUCCAGUUUUGUAUUUCUUGUGUUGACCGGUGUACAAGAAAAUGAAACAGCAGUUGUGUAUUGAAUUUUAACCUGACAUAAUUAGAAACCUCUUCUGGUAAGAUACAAGCAGUUGGCUAUACACACGUGGUGCCAGAGAUUUGAAGUCAGCCUGGUUUUCGUGCGGUUACUCUAACUAGUGAUCAAAACUAAAAGGGAAACUACAGAAACUCCCUGGUGAAAUAAUUAAAAGGAAUGCCUCUUUACAAUUGUCUGCUGUUUAAGGAUUAAAUGUUUGUGCUUGAACAGGUGCAUGUUGGAGACUUUGUGAAGGUGAAUCCCAAGGAAACCAAUAUCCCGCUGUAUAUUGCUUGUGUAUGUUACAUGUGGGAGGCAUCCAAUGGUGGCAAGAUGUUUCACUGCAGAUGGUUAUGGUAACAGCUAUUCUUUCGUUAGACUGGUUUUCUCAAUACAGUUAAACCACGCUUUACAGACACCUGCUUAAUGCGGACACCUCAUUAUUACGGACAGUUUGCUUUGUCUCUGGGGAAAGAAAGCUCUUACUUUUUCUCUGUAUCCGUGUUAACGUGGUUUGACUGCGCUAACAGUCUCUAAAUUUGCCAUGCUCUAUGAUUGGUGUUGAAUCUCGCAUGACUUUCUUAAUUUAAAACAUCUCCAUAAUGCCAGACAUUUUUUACCCAAAAAAACAAAAACAUGCAAUUCUCAAGCUUAUGCUCACUUCAAACAACUAAGUGGAACUCAGUUGCAGCAGACGUGUCGUGAUCAGUUUUCACACAAACCGAUAACCACUUUAGGACGACUGCUUGCUAAUGUCAAGGACAAAGACAGACCAGAGGACACACAGGGAGCAGUAUACAAGAUCAAGUGCUGCGACUACCAGGCUACUUACAUUGGUGAGACCGGCGGAAACCUUAGCACGCGACUGACCGAACACAAACGAGCGACAAGAAGUGGUGAUUUCAACAAUCACAUUGCUAAACACCAUUUACAGACGAAACAUCAAAUCGACAGGGAGUCAGCGACACAUGUAUUACGUAUUCUAGAGACUACUAUAAACGACUCACUUUCGAAAGCUGGUAUAGGCCAUUUGCAUUAAGAGGUCAUGUGACAUCGUUUUUUAUGAAAAUGAAAGUUAUAUGAUUUUGCCUUCGAAAAACGAUAAGUGGGUCAUAUCUUAAACAAAAUAAUGGUGAUUUGGUUUUUCAAACCCGCACCAUUUUCUUAAAAUGAAUAAGUUCGUAAAUGGUCACGUGACCUAAAUGUGGUAUUUAAAACUAUGAAUUACCUCUCUCUGAACACAAAUUUUGCACUUAAACUUCAAGGAAAAUGUUGAAAAGAUGACGUGAUAACGUUUACAGCACAUCUGAGCGUAACUAUCAAACGUUAAACAAGAUAUAAGCAAAAAGUAGUUUUGGCCGCCAUGUUGGAGGGCAAGAGUAUGCCCUCCAACAUGGCGGCCUAUGCAAAUGAUACUGCUUUGUGGAAAAAUCAAAGUCCCAUAAAACAUCUCCCUUAAAUGCGUUUCCUCUCAAAUUUCGGGUGGAAGAUAAUUUUUAUGUGCUCUAACAAUUUUUGGCAUCAGCAAGAUUCCAACUCAUUGUUUAAAGGAAGCAUUGGUCACGUGGUCUCUUAGUGCAAGUGGCCUAUUACUAACUUAAAACAAACACCUCUGAAUCGUAGUCAACAGUUGCCGGCACCGUACGAAUGACUUAUUAACGGACUCGAGCAAAACUAUCUACGAGAGAAUGUCUGGCCAACCGAUUAUUUGACAAAUAAUAAACGACUGUUUAACAGUGACAAUAGACGGAUCGAAACGCAUCAAUGACAUUACGAGUCUUCAUAGCCAAUAACAACACGGCUUAACUGACAGACGACCAAAAACAUCGCGACUUAAUUUACCAAUCAGGUCAAUAAUAGAGUUUAAUACCAUCAACUGACGUGAUACAACUCACUUUUUAACUGAGAAGAUGACUACCCCAGAGGUUGCUGAAACGUCAGUCACGGUCAACAACAACAACAGUCCUAUUCAGGACUAUGUUUACCUGGACGAUCAUGCUCAACGUACUUGUGAAAUGACUCCUGGGUUCAAACCUAUCACAGAAGUAUCAGUAUAUGAAUUUUUUUUGCCUUAGUUUUUAUUUCUACUGAAAAAAUAGAAGUCUCUUAAGUAAUCCCAAAGGUAUUGCGGUAUAAACACCUGGUAUUUUUAAGGGAAAGACCUGAUAACUGAAAACAAUAAAUGCAACUAAAAACCAAGUCUGCCCUUCCACUUUUACACGCGAUUAAUUGCCUUACGGAACAUUACAAACGUCUUCUCUAACGUACACAUGAUGUUUAACUAUGUUUUUGUUUCUGAUGGUCAUGACACCACUUUCCUCUUCUUUUUACAGGCGUGGAUCCGAGACUCUUCUGGGUGAAACAAGUGAUGUUAGUGAAUUGUUUCUGAUUGAUGAUUGCGAAGACAAGCAUCUUUUCACCGUUGCUGAGAAAUGCACUGUAAGUUACUGCUGUUGGUGUCUCAGAACAAUGAAACGGCAGCCAUGUUGGUGUCCCAAACCAGUCCUGUUGGAGUUGAACUCUUUUCUUAUGUAAAAACUUUCUAUUGUUGCAAUAAAUUUGCAUAGUUGCUGGUCAAGUGAGUGAAAACGCUGUAUUCCCUCUCUACAAAGACAUGAUCGGUUAUUGCAGUUACAGUAAACACCCGCGAAUAAGAACGACUAUUUUUUGAAGUCUGUCAAAAUAGGUUUUUGUAUUUCGGGGUACUUAUUAGCAAUUUAGGCUAAAUAGGUUCUUAAUUUUUUAUAGGCUGUUCAUUACCAGAAAAAUUAUUAAACUUGGGUUUGGUCCUUAAAAAUGCAGUUUUUCUUCACAACUUUAUUAAUAUAACCCUUAGAAAACUGAUUACCGAAUUAUAUACUGUUUGGCACAGUAUGUCCCUGUUAUACUUAAAUUUACAAUCUCAGAGUUACACUCCUUGGUUAAAUUGUUUAUCAUAAUUUAACUGUAGCCCACGUAUAACCUGUUUGAUCUUGCUUGGCCAAACAGGUUCUUGUAUUUUUGGGUAUUAAGGCAGCAAAUUUCUGCCAAGAGGUUCCUAAUCCACUAGACUCUUAUAUGGGGGUGUUUACUGUAUACAACAAAACUGGUAUAGAAGAUAUGGACAGAAUCUAGAAUUACAGUGUUUCUCUUCUGACCAUGUAUGUAACGAAUCCAACACAGGUGACCCAUAAGAAGCCAGAUCCUGAUUGGUUCAUGAAAGGAGGUCUUGAUGAUGUGGAUGCUGAUGCCAUGAUGGAAGAGGAUGAUGGCAACCAUUUUUUCUACCAGAAAUGGUUUGUAUUGAGAACUGUGUGUGACAUUAGAGAGCUUGAGAUGCUAAGACGAGACCAACCACCAGGACGGCAUUCUGUCAGUACUAAGUAGUGCUCACGCGUGAACCAAACGUCAUUUUGGCGGGAAUAGAGCGAUUUUCGUAUGACCUUGAAAUGAAAACGAGCAAACAAAACAGAAAUUACAAACAAACGGAAAGAGAGCGAUUUGAUUGGUUUAUCGAACGGAUACAAAGGCGCGUGGCUUUUCAGUCAAAUCUCUUCCUCGAAUCUAAAAGUCUCUAUUAUCGCUAGAGUAAGCUUGAUUACCGGUAUUUCUCUUUUCUUCUUUCUGGACAUUCACAAGACUUCAUUUCUGUCAGAAAAGUAUUACAUUAAGGAAUGUGGAAAUUGCUUGAGCGAAGUUGGAAAAGGUGUGGAGAAAAACAUUUUCUUUCAAAUUAUUAUCUUCCCUUAGUCAGGAAGAUUUUGAAUGUUUCUUCGUCAUGCAGACGGAAAUUGUACGUUAUAGAAGACUGUAAACGUAAAAAGCCAUGACGUCACUAGUGUUUUGAGGAUCCUGAUCCCAUAUAGUUUGUCAUUUAGGGCAUGUGUAGCCCGGGGGGGGGGACUCCGCAUAUGAAAGGGGUGGGGAUGCUGGUCGGAAAUUUUGAAUUAAACCCCUAAAAGAGACCGAUCCGGGCGUAGCCCAAGCCUUUUAUGACCCCUAGAAGAGACCAUGUUAAAACACAGACAAUACACAUAAAGCUAAAAAUAAAGCUUUAUUUUUUUGUUCUCCCCUCCUCUCGCACUUCGCGCUAAAAAAACCUUUUGAAAUUGACGUAGAUCGUUCACGUUCCGAUCCAAGCCAAAUUUAGAAGGAUUUGAAUGGAGUCAUCAGAGCAAAGCGAUGCUUUUAUCUCUUCACUAGUUUGCAAUAACAGACUGAUUUUUGACACGGGGAUUUUUCAUUUUGUUCUUUCUGAAUAUGUUUUUGCGUCUUCGUCACUUCCCUUUGUUAUUAAAUGCCAUAAACUCGACUUGUCCCCGAAUGGCUUUAGUAUGUCUUAGCUGAUUAGCGCAAGUAUGUGAUGAAAGACAGAAAAAGAAUACCACAAUUUCACAAAUAUGAAUUUUUGUACCGUCACACUUCUCUUCUCGAUAUGCCAUUAGGUUAACUGAGUACAUCCUAGCCCGGGGGGAGGACUCCCCAUAUGAAAGGGGUGGGGAUGCUCGUCGUCUCGCUUAGGGGUGUAAAUUUCGGACUUUAGCCUCACUUAGGGUGUUCUGGGCAAAACGCCAUCAUAUUUAGCCGUGAAGGUCUUGUUUAGGGUUGCACGCGAAAAAAUAUAAAAAUAUAUUAUUGUCUGUGUUUUAACAUGGUCUCUUUUAGGGGUCAAAAAAAGCUUGGGCCACGCCCAGAUCGGUCUCCUUUAGGGGUUUAAUUCGAAAGUUACGACGAGCAUCCCCACCCCUUUCAUAUGCGGAAUCUCCCCCCCCCGGGCAUCCUAGCUAUAGUUUAAUAUAUCCUCCUGAAUAAUCACAUGUUUGUUUUGCAGCGGAUGAGAAACGGACUGUUUGUAUUUAAUUGCAGGUAUGAUCCAGAGCUAGGAAGAUUUAUAGACCCCCCUUCAGAGUACAUAACCAUUGUGGAUCGAAAAAAAGAAUUUAAAUACUGCGAGAGCUGUACAAGAAAGGCAGCACAGAACCAGGUGUGUGUAUAUUACGUGACAGAUAGCAUGCACACAUUGUUUGCCAAGAAGUAAUAUUUAACCCUUAGAGUUUAAAGGUGAUGUUACACUAGACUAUUCGUAACGGAUUUUAAACGCGUUUUAUGACUUGACGUCAAGUCAUAAAAUGCGUUUCAAAAUGUUUAUAUCCACUAUCUGUGUUCUCUUUUUGAUAAAACUACGAUGGCCGAAGAAAAAGGGUUUAUACAAUAAUGCUAAUGCUAAUAAUAAUAAUAAUAAUAAUAAUAGUGUUAUAACUUGUUUUCUGUCGAAUCAUUGGUAGACCUCCUUGGCAUAGUGGAGUGGGGUGCACACACACCUUUUCAAUCCCCUGGCCGGCCAGCCCCUUCCCAUGCCAGAAAAUGUAACUGACACACCCUGCCACACAGGUAGAUGUUGUGUUAAAGGAUCCUAGUCAACUACGCCCCUGUGCUUGUUUACAUACGGGAAAUUUUUAAUGAAAAUUGGCACAAAUCAAUAAAAUAGUGAAUCACAAGAAAGCAUCAAUAGAUGGUUUUCACAGUGACGUCAUCAAAUUGUAAAGUCAAAAUAGCGAGGUUUUACGAAUUCUUAUUUACACUAGGUUGAAGAUAAACAAAAAGUUAAUCUUUGUACAAGUUUUCAGUCCCAUAGCAUGUUUCAUUUCGAAAAUACAGCAAUUUGAACUUCCGAGUUUUCACAGUGCGUGACACCAAAAUAGGAAUGCUGUCUCGUUGAAAAAAAAGUCUCUCCUCUUGAUUUUCAGUAGUAUAACCAUUUCAAGUAUUAGAAGAUAUGUUUAUGCGCACGUAGGCUAGUUCUCGAGUGAAAAGAUGGAGCUUUUAUAGAACAAGUGAACUCCAGACGUUUUUGUUGAUUUUCGGCGGCCAUAUUGGUGCACCAAAACUGUGCACCAAUAUGGCGUCUCCAUACAAAGCUCUACAAAGAUGCGUGAAACGUUUCGGCAAAUAACUCAGAAACUGUGGGCCAAAAAGACCUCAGACUUGGACAAAUUGUUUAAAAAUUAGUCUUUUAUAACAUAUCAUUUUCUUGGCUUCUUUCACUAGACGGUUUUCAAUUUAUUUUUUUGUUGCGUGACAGUGAAAACGAUCUAUAACUAUAAAAGUCAAUGAGGACAAUUAUAAAGUCGUGGAUAGGAUGCAUCUUCGAGGAUGCACGAAGAUUAAGAACCGAAAGCUAAAAUUUCCUAACUAGGGUGGCAAAGAAAAUGGUGGUGCAGUUGCAUACGCGCAAUGCUUUAUGGUUGAGUAGGAUCCUUGAAGCCUUUCAACCUCUUGUAAGUAGACACCUCCUAUGAUGAGACCAAAGAUUAUCUUCUUCUGGAAUGUUUCAAUCUAACAUACGGAACAACAACUACGAAAACUAUGACAUGACAUGAUGGCAAGUACUAACAAAACAAGAGCUUCCAUAGCUACCGCUGCUACUGCUAGUGAUAUAAUGUUUUUCGGUCUACAUAUUGAAGGAGGCAUGACAGCAAUUCCAAUGUUUCUAGAGUUUCAUAAACAAAGAGACAAGGCCUACAAUCGUGCUUGAAUGUCGUGUGAACCACAAUCCCAUCAACGUGGAAGCUCACCCCUUUGUUCAAGAAGAAGCUUCCUGGUGUACUGCUGCAAUCGCACGUAAUUGGAACUUACAUACCCACGUGUACAAUUAAAAAGCCACUUUGACAAUUCGGACUUGCAGCUGGAAACAAGAUACCAACCAGAACGAAACUCCUCAAGUUCGGUUUUGUUGAUAUAGCCAGAGUCGAGCAGAUGAUGUUGAGAUCCGUUUAUGCUGUAAAAUGCAACUUUUACUAGUUUAUCUUCUCUCAGUGGACCGGCAGCGCGCACACAAUAAUUUUCAGGUAGUGUGUAUGACUUUUUGUCUUCGCCAGGAGAGCUGUCUGGUUCAAAAUUAACACGCCUCUUUGUGAUAAAGUGGUCAAAGGAAGGUAUCCAAGAAGAGAUGAUAUAGAAUUUGCUGGCAUUUCUCAUAUUUGCAUCGGACUUAUCACAUUUUCGCCACGUCGUUGUGUAGAAUACUUGAUCGUGGUCUGGAUCGCUGAGAGUGAAGCACAAGUAGCGUGCAGGAUUGUCGAACGUGGAACAAGAUGGUGUCGGUCGAAAAAUAAUACGAUCUGGCGUUAUUGAGAGUGUAGGCUUCAAAAAAAUUGACACCGCUGACAGAAGCACAAACACGACAACACAGGACACGAACCAUCGCCAUCCUUUGGUUGCGUCCUUCUCGUAGAAAAUUGGGUAGAAAAUAAAAAGCCCGAUACAGAAAGCGAACGAACAGGCCACUGGAUACUGUAGGAAAGAAUCCACUACCAAGCCGGCCAUAUCGCCACUGAAUGGGUUCAUUUUUAAAACCUUUCCGUUCGGUUUGCAAAGGUGUAAGUCAAGAAAGCCGGAAGUGGUUCCGGGAGUUUGCAAGCGAGCGGUUUUGAGACAAAUAUGGCGACUGGAACCAAAACUGGACCCUGACUGAAGAGGAAGUAGACCGGAACGGGGAGCUGGGAACCGGGAACCAAUGGAAAACUCUAAAGAGGACUUGCAAUUCUUGAUUGUGUUUCACUCUUUAAAUUGGUUAUGGAUAGGAAUGUUGCAAAUUAAGCUUACACGUUACACGCACCUCAAUGAAGAUCCGACCCCCCCACUGAACCUAGAACUCUUGUUAUUCACUGUUUUUUCAUUUCUUCAUUUUGUAGCUGGAAGAACCUUGUGUUGGUGAACCAUUAGAAACGGAAACCAAAUCUUCGUCCAAGACAUAUUACAAGUAUGUGAACCGUUUCUUUUCCACGAUUCUAAACACAUGCAGUCGGUCAAAGGAACCAAUCAAGCUUUGAAGCAAAUGUAUCGGAUGCCAGGGCGGGAAAACGCUCGUAAUCACGCCUGUGAUUGGUCGAGAAAUCGGCGCAACAUUUUUACACAAUGGCAUUACACCUAGUGGUGAAAAUACUCAAAUAAAUAUUGAAAGGAAUUUGACACUGAGCAUUUGAAACUGCUCCAAUGAUUCUAGCCGGUCACAAUUGACACAGGCAGUUUAGUAAAACACUCGUAAGCAAAACGUCUUGGUUUCUGGCCAAAAGUCUCCAUUUUUUACAAAGUGGUGAAAUAACUAAACCCACCACAACUGAAUCGUUGCAGUGAAAACCAAAGCAAACGUUUCUUAACUAAACGUUGGUGCUCCAUGUCUUUUUAAUCAAUUUGCGUUCAUCCAACAGGUCUUGUACAAAGAACGGAGUUCAGUAUAAGCCGGGAGACUGUGUUUUUCUCAAACCAGACGCAUUUUCUUUCAAGUAAGUAACUCUCCUUUCUUUUGCCAUUAUGAAUGUGUUCAUUGCUAUAUACACAGUGGUGCUUAAGUUUAACUAUCUUUUUUUCUUUUUGUUUGUUUGUUUUUUUUGCAGUAUUAAACCGAAAGGGACAAAGAAAGGCUUCAAGAAAGAUGAAACGGUUAAGAUUUUCAUUUGUUGUUUCGUUUUUUUUUUCAUCUCCUAACUUAACCCGGUCAAAGCAUGGCCCUAUGAACAAAACUCCAAGUUAUCACUUAACUUUGUAUCCGCGUUGGCUUAAGAAUUGUUCAGUGAUUCACUUACAUUUCACAGUUGAACGUAAGAUUGUUUUAGUUAAUCGUUUCGCUGGGUGGUCAGCGCCAACAUAAAAUGUCUCCUAUUGCAACCUGCAAGCCUUAUAUCUUUCUGUCUGUACUUUUCUUUCUCUCCAUUAUUAAAUUUCAGCUGUGGCCAUUACGUAUCACCGUUAUUCGUUCUGACUUUUAUCAGACAAACAAUUCUGAAAUCAAACCACAAGCAAAUUAAUGAAUCACAACUCUGGCCAUGUACAUGUAGCGGGCGCCGAGUGCGGGAAAAAUCAUUUCACGGUCGGUUAAUAUGUUUACUUGAUUGAUGGGGCGCGAAACUUUUCAGCCAAUCAUAUCUUCAACCGAUGCCACGGGAAUGGUACAUAACAGUCACAUAACAUGUAUUUUAGUUUUUAAGACUGGGUGCGAAAGUCAGGGAUUUGUUUUUCUUUUUAAUCACAUGUAAAUCUGUGGCAUAUUUUGACAAACGACUGAAACGCUUUUCAACUCAACUAAGACGAAUGUUUCCUUUCUCUGGCAAAGACAUUUUCAAUAUUCGUACUCUACGAGUUAAAUGGCUGAGCUGACACAUUUCUUAUGGAUCAUAAUUUUCACCACCGCAGGUGAACGAAGAAAAAUACCCAGAAUAUUAUAGAAAGCCAGUGGAAUAUGUCAAGGGCAGUAACUAUGAUGUUCCUGAACCAUUCAAGAUAGGUAACUUGUCACUGAACACUCUUAGGGCGCUUUCCAAAAGUCAGAACUGGCCGGCCGGACCAUUUGCCGGACCAGUCACUUUGACAAAGAAAGAAUCAUUUUUCCAAGAGUUUUUGCUGAAAACCAUCUCUUUUGUACAAACUAUUUAGUAUUUGACUGAUCUGGCUGGAUAGUUUUGAUUAAAAGUGAAAUUCUCAAUACGACGGGAAUGGUCUGGCCGCUCAGUUCUGACAAAUGGAAAGCGCCCCUGUGAAACUAACAAAACCGUGAACACCAGAAAUAUUUAUGGAAUGUUAUUGUGUUGCGAGAAAUCAGCCAAUAACGCGUGAGAUAACUAAACCGCGGACAGCAACGAAAAUAAGUUUGUGGUUUUGAGUUUUGCUUGCGUAUCCUGAACUUUAUUGUGAUUCGUUAGUGAAGUUAUUUAGGUGUUCACGGUUUUCUAACUUUGACGGUAAGGAAUAAAGAAAUGAAAUUAAAGAAGGAAAGAUUUGCUUUGAGUAUCCUACGAAUUGGGGACGAGCCCCCUCGUUACUAAGAGUUUUCAGUCCUAAUAGGGACUUUGAGAUCCAAUGACGCGACAGCAGCGAGAACGUCGCCGGCUUAAAAAGUGAAUUGGCACAUUCUUUCAACCUCUAUCGCAAUUAUUUCUACCCACUUAGUUGUCAAAUGUAGGCGAACCUUCCUGGAGGUAAAUUCCAAGAGAACAUAUCCAAGUUCAGAAAGAGAAAUAAAAUAUCGUUGUUGCUUUUUAACGUUCUCAAUAAAAGGCGAAAUUAUGCAUUUUCACGUCGCAGUCGUGCAACGACGGCAAAGAAAUGUACAAACAAUCAUGAUGCACUUGCAAACUUGUUGUCUUACUUAUUAACCUGUUGUUUUUUCAGACGUUUUUGUUUGCCGUCGCGUCGUUGGAUCUUUAAGGGCCUGUUUACGUGAAGGUGGGGGACCCCAGGUAGGUGAGGUAACCCGCCUGUCCAUACAAUCUCUCAUGUUAAUUAGUUUGAUAGCGUUUACACGGAAGGUGGGGUGAACAUAUGAGACAUUAUAUGGACAUACGGGUUACCCCACCUACCAGGGGUCGCCCACCUCCAUGUAAAUAGGCCCUAAGUCUCUAUCGUCACCCAGAAGACUGUGACGAGAGGGGACCAAGAUAGUCCCACAGCAUUAACGAGAGGAAUGAGAUGUUAAUACUUUCUAUAGAGAUAUAUUAGCCCUAAACAAUCAUGUCUAAUAUAACAUGCAUGAUCGUUAUUUAUAUAGAAUUUAUGUAAGUUUUAUAUUUGCGACUAGUAUAAAAUUAUUUUUGUAUAAUGAAGUGCUCUUUAUGAUCCAGAUAAUAACGACCUCACAUUUAUAUCAUGAUCUUGGACGUACCAUAAUUACUUGAAUAUAACACUGGACAACAGGAAAGGUUCGGCUGUGCUGGUAACUGUACGACAUCCUGCCCAUAAAUGUCUUUUGCUGCUUUCUUUUUUUCUGUAGGUCGAAUUCUUAACAUUUUUACGAAGGCAAACUCUGGAAAAUUAGCAGAGGAUGUCGAUAUCAAGAUGACUGUCAGCACAUUUUACAGGUAAAUAAGUACCACACAAAAGAUCAAAAGUUCAGGAUCCUGUUGGAACUUACACGCACUCGUGUCGCUUCAAUUCAGAAUGUCAUUAUUAGGUAGCUUUAGCAAAGAUGUUUUUCAGCGACUUACGUCAACCGGCAGUGACUCUUAUCCCUUUUAAUAAAUUCCUUGACGCUACCAAUUUGUAUUGCGAAGUGUCUUUACUCUUAUAGAGACGACUUGCCUGAAGAUUUUGGCCCCGUAAUUAAAAAAGUCCGCCUCUAGUUGACGUGCGUUGCUUAUGUCAAUCGGCAACUGUCAAAUUGCCCCAAACGAACGUAUGAGUCAUCUGAAAUUAUCGUAAACUGCAGUCGCCCGUCAACUCUCCCACUGUUUACUGCCACAGUGCCGUUAACUCGUUAAGUUGACUUGUGGCAAGCCUAGGCAGCCUCAGAAUAUAUUUGCCGGCGGCUUCUCAUCAGUAGACAUUGACUCACAGCGAACUUAUUCUCCUUAGACCAGAGAACACGCACCGGGGUUGUACGUUUGCUUACCAGGCAGAUCUGAAUUUGUUGUAUUGGAGUAAAGAGGGUAAGUUUAAAUAGAAGAUUUCUUUGUAAAUCAAAGCGAAAUAUUGAUAGCCUUCGAGCAAGCUCCUGCCCCAUUUGGGGGAGUCUCGAGAAGUCAAACGAGAGCCGUAUGCGGAAGGAGACGCAGAGCUUGCUCGCAGGCUAUUACUAUUGCACGAAGCUGCUCUUGUAUUUCCCCGAAACGUACAUGUCUAAUAACUACCCACCUACCCCUCCCCUAAUACAACCUUAACACUAACUUCUGACUGACGGCAAAAUUGUGGGUUAUGGGAGGGGUAGGUGGGUAGCUUUCCCAACUCUUUUAUUGAUCCUUUUAAAAUCCAAACAAGGCAAGUAAGUGGUUGCGUUUUUCUUAUGCAGUUUCACCUGAACUCCUGUGCAAGCUUUUUCGUGUUUAUUUUCUAAUGCUUUUUUCUCCCCUAAUACAAAGGCAAUGACUUGCAUUGUAAUCUUAAUUAUUCGUUAAACGAGUUUGGGGAAGCAUUCUUUGCUCUCAAACUAUUUUUAUACUAAAUUUAUCUGACAUAUGCUCCAACUCUUCAGAGGUACUAGAUUGGAGGGUUGGACCAGAAUCGGAAACUGCGAAAAAAAAAAUUUUGGCAACCAGGGUACUUCGGAGACUUCAGAGAUAACAACGGUUUCCUCUACCCUCCAAUUAUUCGCAGUAACGGUUAGCUAAUCAGAAUAAAAGGCCGGACAAAGUUUGAUUCUAUUAAUGGUGAUUCAUUUUUCUCAGAGGCCACGGUUUCCUUUGACUCUGUCGUGGGCGCCUGCCUGGUUACCUGCGGAGAAGAUCUCAACUGUUCCGUCGAAGAAUACACUGCCAGAGGGGUCAACAACUUUUACUUCUUAGAGGUGAUUAAAUUCCUUUGGCGUGAUGUCUUCUUGAAAAUAUGCUUGUCUUGGAUUCCAGCUCUGAACACUUGUGUUUCUCAGCCACGAAAAGCAGGGCUCACAAAAUGGCAAGAAGUCAAAGAGUGUUUUCACUCACGUGGCCAGCAUCUAUGCAAAUUUAUUGGAACAAAAGAAAGCGUUUACAUUAGAAAAGAGUUCAACUCCCACAGGAUUGGUUUGGGACACCAACAUGGCCGCCGUUUCAUUGUUUUGGGACACCAAUAUGGCCGCCGUGACGUCAUGUGAAAGCACUCGCUUACCAAGAAAUCUUUGAUUCAAAGAGAUACCCUUUUGAAGGGCUUGUUAUAUCAAUUUUUAAUUGUAAGCUAAAAAGCAGUGCUUGGUGGCUGGAAUCAAGUCUUAAGAAGCGCCAAAAAAAACAAAAUAGGGUUAGAAUAACAUUUCUUUUUGUAAGGCUGUAGUAAAACUAGCAACAAAAAACCGGCAUUGCUGCAAAACGAGUGGCUCGUUUUACCACCCACUUUGAAACCUGUCUUACAACAAAUGAGUUUGGAAGGUGUUUUUUUUCGUGAGUGGUAAAACGCGCAAUAUCGCCAUUCAACUCGUUUAGCAAAGUCGUAAAACAAGUUGCACGUUUUUUGUUGCCCGUUUUAUCGUAUCUAAGAAGCUGUUACUAUACUCAUGUUCAACUAUGCCUAAAUUUUCAUGUAAAGUCGAGAAUGGUGACAGAAGAGGCCGAGUAAAGGCGAUCUGACGCAACAAACCUCAUUCCAAGGGUUCUCUCCUACCCUUCCCUACGGAGCGAGUAAGAAAGAACCCUGGUAACGCGGUUGGAUCUGACGGACAAAAAUGGUGUUGUUGUGUUUUUGUUCAGGCGUACAACAGUGAAAAAAAGGAGUUCGAGGAGGCUCCAGUGGAAGCGCGUAAUGCUGCCAUGAAAGGAAAGGUUGGAAAGUUAAUCAUUGCGCGAAAGUUACACUUAGUAUAAUUAUUAUGAUAGAAAUCUUACAUUCAAGUAGUGAGAGCAGCACAACAAGUGUAAUAGAAUUAAGCCUUUAGUUCUGGCCUAAGAAGUUCCUAAUAUUAACUGAGUUCACCCUAACAUGUUCACUGAAUGACAGAACGAAACGAGUAAAAGAUCGAAAAACGUGUUCAGUUCAAGUCAUGUGAUCUUAAUCUCACGUGACCCGUUCUAGUUCACGUGGGGGAACCACCGCGGUCAAACGUCUAAAUCGUUAUUUUUGUCUUUCAUUGCUGGGAUUUCAUUUACCAGUUAGAGAAAAAUGGGCAAAGAUGUAUAAAUCAGUUAGUCAACAUAACUAUCUUUCCAUUUUUCUCAAAAUUUUGAGCUUUUUUCGCUGAAAACGCUUCGCGCUAAAAGAGAAACAUGUUUGAAAAUGGCGCCGAUAAUAACGUCAGCAUCGGUUUUCAAUCACUUAGAACUUUUUAAGUAAACUUUUAAAAAGUUUAGUAAACUAACAGGAUGUUGGUAAUACCCUAAACUUUCGAUAGUGAAAGUAGCAACCUUAACUUUGAAGUAUUUCGCUUAACUUUUGCAAAUUUCACUCGUUUGACCGCUGUGAACGUGGGGGAUUCCGCACAACAAGAAUAGAAUAAGCAAACGAAUGAAUGAAUUGCGCAAUAAGCAGGUAAAAAAGAUGUACAGGCCCCAGUUGUUCAAACGUUGGAUUGCGCUAUCCAUCGGAUAAAUCACUAUUCAGCGGAUAAGAAUUAGAAAAACAGAUUGCACUAUCCACCGGUAGAGAUUUAUCCACCUUUUGAACAACUGGGGCCUACAAUAGGCCAUUUCCGAGUUCCAAAAAAUCUCACUUUCAAAGCGAGGCUGAGUGCGAAGCCAUUGUUAUCAAAUGAUGCAAUUAAAACUUAUUUUCGCUACAAAAGUUUGGCACGUAGCCUCGUUUUGAGAGUGAGAUUUUUUGGAACUCGGAAAUGGCCUAUUGUAGUCACCACUUUCAGUCGAAUGGCUACACUGAAGGAAUCUUCUUCACCGGCUCUAAGGAAAGAACAACUGUCGGCAACUUCAGAAAAAUUCAAAGUUCCAGGAAAAAAUUACUCCCGAGUACUUUUAUUUUUAUUGUUUUUGACAUUCAAGAAAUUUUUAAUUUUCUUUUGUAUGAAUCAAUUUGGUGGUUUCCACCGCAGAAUUUCAAUCAGUCAAUAACGAGAAAGAGUAUUCUAUCUGAUCUCCAAACACUGAGUUUUCUCAAGCGACUUAUUUUUCUUGUGUAGGGUAAAGGAAAAGGAAAGGGUAAAGGAAAAGGCAAAGCAUCUUGUGAAACUGAAGAUCAUAGUUCCAAAGAAGACGAGAGCCGUAAAGCCAGUGAAACAGUCACUAAGCUUCGAUGUCUGGAUGUUUUUGCAGGAUGUGGUGGUAUGUUUUGUCGUUGCUGUUGUAUUUUAAUCAGACACUUAAUGUUACUUGAAUCAAAAAGGAUAUAGAAAGCUACUUUGCCCCUUUAAACUCGAGACUGUACAAUUUUUCGUGACAAAAACCUUGCCGUAAGUCACUUUCCGCUUGAAGCCCUUCGAGCCGUUCAAAAGUGAACCGCAAACGCGACCGCAAGACUGUGGUCACGUGUUUAAGGUCUCCCAAAACAUUUCCAUGGUGCACUUCGGGACAAUACCGACCCAGUCUUUGCCUCGGUCGCUACCUUACAACCUUAAAAUGGUCAAUGCAAGUAUAAUGGACAGUCCUAGAGGUAUGCAAUUAACCCUUUAAGCCCCAAUAUCCAGAUACAAAUUCUCCAAACUGAUCUCCAUACAUUUCCUUAAAGAAUGAGUUGAGAGAAUUUGACAAAAGAUUAAAGCAUUUUCUCUUAGGUGAUCAUUUUAUUAAUUCUCAUAACCUAGUCUCAUGACAAUGUACGGAUAUUAUUGGGAGAAAAUUGAUUUUGGUCACUAUCGGGACUUAAAGGGUUAAGGGCCAAGUCACUGUAAUGUUGAAUCAAUGAAGGAAGUAACUAAGAAUUGUACUCUUUCAAAGGUCUUUCGGAGGGUCUUCAUCAGGCUGGUAUAGCUGAGUCUCUUUGGGCUAUCGAGAAGGAGGAGCCUGCUGCGCAUGCCUUUAGUCUUAACAAUCCCGGAUGUACGGUGUUUACGGAUGACUGUAACUUGUUGCUAAAGCUCGCCAUGGAUGUAAGCUCCAUUAUGUGAUAAUGUUUCCCAUGUGGUAACUUUUUUACAAGCUAGUUCGUCUAAUACCUCUGUGCUGAGUAAAGAGUGAUGUGAGUUAAGCGUUUUAAAUGUUUUGUUCAGAAUAGUCUGAAGUUAUUGUGCGAAUCCAAAUCGGUCGGAAAAAAAGCGAAAGACAAAGUUUCCAAAAAGUGAAGAGUUUCCCAUCAAUGAAAGGAAUGCGACUAGGAAGGACUAGCGAAUUAUUCGUUGCGGAAAGUGUGAGGCUCCCACUUUUCGACGACCAACGGCAUGACGACAUGAAGAAAAAAAUAACUAUUUUGGCGUCUGUUACUCAUUAGUUUACCUUUGUGCAAUUACGUUUGGGUCGAGAAAAGACGUUCAUACAAUCUUAAUCAUCUCUGGCAACCUUAAGUUGGCUCUUCAGCUAAUCGCUUGUUUAAACAGUGGGCAGUCAAAAAAGCUAGUAUUGGUUAAGGGAUGCGGUAAGUGUUUCUAUACAGAAGCAGCAUGUUUUUUUUGUCCUGUCCUCAGGGAGAAAAGAAGAACUCCAGAGGUCAAACAUUGCCGCAAAAGGGAGAUGUGCAACUCUUAUGCGGUGGCCCUCCUUGUCAAGGUUUCAGUGGAAUGAAUCGCUUCAGUUCAAGAGAUUACUCACAAUUCAAGGUACAGUGUUGGUACAGUGCAUGUUAUCAUGCUUUGGCAGGAAAAUCGCCGCGUCCGCCGCCUUUGGCGCUUCGUUUUCCAAUUUGGUCGCGAAAAAGGCGAACGCGAAAUACAAGAGACUGGUUACGAAGCCCAAGGGACCACAGAAGGGGGAAAGAAGGGAGCUGAAAUGCCCGCCUUCCUUUGGACAACCGCUUUUCUUUUUCUUUUGUCCUCCAGGUUUCAGAGCGAUGUAACCAGUGAGCCGCCCAAAACUGCAAAUAGAGCGUGAAUGACAACCCCUUUACGUUCAACCAGCUUUUACACCAUAACAAUGAUUGCAUUUAACGUUUGUAUUAAACUCCUCACAAACAAGGACACGCAUUUUCUUCCUGCACAACGUCGCUCUAUUCCUUCGAUGCUGUUGUUUCCACGCAUUGUAGGUUACUUGGGGUCCCCUCAUUCAUUUGUUCAAGGUCAUUUAGUCUAAGGCGAUUUCUGUAGGUUUAAAGGACAAAAAUACACAAGCAUCUUGGCAAAAUCACGGUGGUGCCGUUUUGCUUUAAACUGUGAUUAUAUUGUUUUCUUUUUCAGAAUUCUCUGGUUGCAUCAUACCUUAGUUACUGCGAUUUCUAUAGACCAAGAUUUUUCAUCCUCGAGAAUGUUCGUAACUUUGUCUCAUUUAAGCGGAACAUGGUUCUGAAGUUAACGUUACGCUGCCUUAUCAAGAUGGGCUACCAGGUGAGUCGGUUUGCUGCGAAGGUCACUCAAGCGCGACACGCAAUGGGGUCUCGCGUGCGAGUAACGAGCUAACUGAGGCGCCAGAGAAUUGUCUCGUGCAUCAGACCCCUCGUCGGUUGUGCUUCAGAGAGAGCUUAUUUCGAGCGAUCAUCUCGUCCUCGUGAAAGCUUUUUUUAUUUGCUUGCCUCAAUGAUCUUUCACUUUGCUUAACUUGUAUGUUCACUACCUCUAUUACAGUGUACGUUUGGAGUACUACAGGCUGGUUGCUAUGGUGUUCCACAGACCAGGCGAAGGUAUUAAGACAACCACAAUUGUUAUUGUUUUUGAUAUUAUGCACAUGGUUCUUAAGGACCUGUACAGACCUGUACAGGAUGGAUGCUCGCCCUUUCAACAUUUCAACAUACUUUCAUAUGCCCACAUUUUUUCACGACAAUAUACAUGUAAUAUGCAAGACACCAUUUUUUUGUUUUAAAAACGUAAGUGAUUAAAAGCAUCAUCAGCAUUUUUGAAUAAUCAGUUUUCAGUAUAUACUCAGAAUAGAAUGUUCCGAGCCUGAUUAUGGUUUGUUCACAGCUCUUCAUGGCGGUUGUCAUCAAAAAUUUCUAAUCUGGGCUUUGUUUGACUUUCAGAGCCAUAAUAAUGGCGGCUGCGCCUGGUGAGGUAUUACCGCUGUACCCUGAGCCUACCCACUGCUUCUCUCCUCGGGCAAUUCAGCUUACUGUUAUGGUGGACGACAGGAAGGUAUACAUUUACAGCUUAAUCGUAAAUACAGCUUACCUCACUAUUCGUUACUUAAACCACACACAAACGACUACUCCGUGAUCGUUAAGCGGAGUAAAAUGACGUUACAUUUAUUUGUUUGUUUUUUUAGUUCGAAUCGAACAUCACUCGGCUAUCUUCGGCUCCUUACCGAACC